UAGGCGAACGCUGGUAGACUAUAAACAAGGGUCUCGUUAUGGAGUCACUCGGGGCACAGCAAUGUUAAUCAAAUCCUCAUCGUUAGAUGUUCAAGUCCUCAACUGGUUGUAUGAAUAUAGUGUGAAGAAUGGAUUGGACCAAGCCUGCAAGGGUAUUGAAACAGAAUUCAUAAAAAGAAAUAAGAUGCCAGAUGUACCUUGUUCUGGAUAUCUACUGUACUUGAGGCGUCUUCAGAUUCUUUUGAACAAGAAAAAGUGGAAAACAAGUGCAAAGUUAGAGACCAUCCUUAAACUCUUGACAGACUUGUUACAGUUCAAGCCACUUCAUAAAUGCAUAAUUUUCUAUAAGAAGAUUAUUGUUCUAUAUGUGACUGCAAAAUUGCUGGAUGACUUCUUCAUGGAGACAUUUGAAAGAGUAAAAAAUGCUGCUAGUGAAUCCAUAGAAGCAAGUACCAGAGGCUCAGUAAAGAAUGCAAGAUGUUUGAAAAAAGUACUAUUACUUCAAGCUAAUAGCCAUGUUUAUGGCAGCCUCCCAGAACUAUUGGCAAAGUUAUUACAGAUGCUUCCACCAACUGCAAUAGAAAAGAUUAUAAAGGAUGAAGAUAUCCAGAAUGACCUGGCAAGACAAAAUACACAGGAAUACAAGAUACUUCUCAAUUGCAUCAAAGACAGUCUCACUGGGAAUUCUAUAAGAGAUGCUGUGAAGAAAUUGUCAGUUGCAAAAGAGGAGUUAUCAGAUUUUGAUCCACAUACUGAUGAGGAAAACCAUGGCAGUCCUAAUUCCACUGCAGAGCAUGAGAGUCAGAUAGAUUCUUCUGAUAUAACAAUUCAUGAAGAGAUGGAUAUUAUUCAAGUCAAUGGUAAACUCUGGACAGUUAAGAAAUGUGCAAGUGUCCCAGUUGAUGUCAAGAAUCUAAGUUGUAUAGAGUCUUUAUCUGAAGACAGUGCUGAAGAAGGUAUUGCAGAUGAUAUGGAACAACAGGAAGCAUCUUACUUUAGGCAUGACAAUGAAAUCAUAGUUCACAAUGGAAAAGUAUGGGAAGUAAAACCCACUAAAGUGUUGGCUGUGAACUCCCAAGAUAUUCUAACUGAUGACAGUGAAUAUGACUCACAAAUGGAAGAUCCAAGAAUUACAGAAGCAAGAUAUGAGGAUUCAGAAAUUAGGGAAUUAGAAGAAUUGAUAAGGACAAUGGAAAAGUAUGUUACAAAACUUAAAUAUAAAUUAAAAAUCAUGAAAGAUAGACGGGGAACUCAGAGAUACAGACCCCAAACUCCAGAUGAAGAUCAGGGGCAUUUUGAACCAAAGACAAGCGGUGGGAGUGAAUUAGAAAGACAUUCAUUGCAACAGAAAUCCCCAAGUAAUGAUGGAAGAUCAUCAAAUUUUAAUAAUGUGGAGGGCAGGCAGUGUACUGUCGGAACUUCAAGUGAAGAUUGUGAAACUCUCAGACUAUCUGGUAGCACUUCCAGUAGUACAGUUAAUCAGCAAAAACAGGAUUUAGAUAAAAUAAGACAAAUACUUUGUAAAAAACUAACAAACAAAACUACAGCAAAAUCUGGAUGUAAAACUCCUUAUAAUAGGGGAAAACAGUCUAGAAAUAAUGAAAAUAUGCUUUCUCAGUUAAAACCUGAAAUUAUUACUUAUGUGUCAUCAUCAUCUCAAGAAGACAAUGGGGAUGAUGAUUGUGACAAUUUACAAUGUUUCCAGAGAGUUGUUAAUAAUAUAAAUGUUAUACCAGAAACUCCUGAACUUUCAGAAAGACAAUUUAAGGAAGACCCAGGCACAUAUUUAGAAGAACCAGAAUGGAAAAACACAAAUAAAGAAAAUGUAAAACCAAAGACACAAUAUUUGUGUACAAAUUUCUUAAAACAUGAAGGCAAUAUGCAUGCAGAUGAUGGUACUGAUAGUGAUACCACCUACUAUACUCUUUGUGACCAGAGUGCUUCUGUGAAUCCUGAAAUGGGAGACAUAAUGAACAUACGUACUUUGAAAGGCAAAGGUUUAGAUCAAUCUAAAGGUAAAAAACAAGAGAUAGAGAUUUGUGAACUUGUGAUUUGUGAUGAAGUGCUACAGAAAAGAGACAAAUACAAAAGAAAAUUGGUAAGUAUUGCUAGAGAAGUUGAAGACCUAACAGAUUCAGAUGACCUUGCUUCUCGAAUCAAAAUUAGCCCAAGAAAAUGUUCAACAAAAUCAUCAAGACAUCAGGCCUUGACUAACAUUAACUCAUCUACAAAAUGCUGUGAGAAAAAGAGAAAAGUCUCUAAUGAAUUUUUAGACAAAACUAAUGAGAUUGAGGAAAGAAACAAAGUUACUGACACAUCUGAAGAUACAACUUUACAAGAUGAAGAUGUUUACCACACACCAAUGAACAGUCCAGAACCAGCACCAAAGCGUGCCAGAGUUUGCAGUGAAAUAGAAGUUUCUCCAGUUACUGAUGUAACAACAAGCACAAGCAAUGUCCAGGUUUUCCAGAGUCAAACAGCACAUCAUCCACCAGUUCAGGACUGCAAGGUUGUCUUAAAGUUCAGUUACUGGGUAGAUAAAAAGAAGUACGCCAUUUAUAGUUGAAGAUAAUGACUAAAGAGGAGCAGGUUUCUUCAAGGCUCAUCACUGCAACUAUUACUGUUUAGAUUUUUACUUUAUAUCUUGUUUCAUCAGAAUGUUAUUACAUGAAGUGUUUUCAUUAUAUCUA